AUGGCUGUGGAGUUAGAGUCUCUAUCACUAUCCUCGCCUCCAGCAGAGCCCUCAACCUCGCUCGUAACCGCGACGCAUGCUCUGACGACAACGUCGGAAGUAUCGGCCUUUGAGCCGCCAUCGUUGCUUGACCUCUUUUCCAACAGCCUCAUCCUAGAGCAGAUCAUUCGAUACCUUCCAGUGCGGGUGAUCUUGGCCUUGUCACAGACGUCCAAAAGCUUCAAGGCGCUCCUGCUGUCCACGCCCAGGGUCUUUCGCUAUGUCGAUGUCUCUGCGAGUCGUGGCGCGUGGGUGCUGCACCGUCAGUAUGAGCGAUUCGACCGUGGAGGCUACCGGUGGCGCAACGAACGCAUGGACGAGUCUCUCACCGAGGACGACUUCUACUCGGGCCCUCUGCGCGGCGUGCUUUCCAAGCUGAGGCGGCUCAGAGUACUCGCCAGCGUACAGACACUCGUCGUGGACAAGCUCGCGUCCGUGACCAACGACUUGCUGCAUGAACUCGUCGACUCCCGCGAAUACAACAUCCGCCUGCUCAGCAUCAGGGGCUGCUUGAACCUCAACGAGGGCAAACUCCACCAACUCCUCCGGCACAUCUGCCGGCCCUCGCGACCCAAAGGCACUCCGCGGCUACAGGGCCUGUACGUGUUCCAACCUCCACCUCGGCCGCCGUCUGGGUCUCAGACUCAGACUCAGUCUCAGCAGCAGCAGCAGGGGUCCUACCGUGGCAACGGCAACAGUAACGACUACUACACCAACGUGGCGCGGUACGUCGGCACCCGCCGCGUACAGGACACGACGGGCAGCGGGACUCCCCUGGACUCUGCGACCACUACUGUGAAUAACGUUCAUGAUCCCAAGUCCAGCUUCGACACCAGUGGGGACGACGAGGACGACUGUUGUCCGUGGUACGGAGCGCGGGGCCAGGCCAUUGUCACAGGCCACAAUCAGCGCAGCGCGUGGGAAGAGACACUCGUGGCAUGCGAGGGCAUCGUCAGCUUCGACGCCGUGCUCUGCACGCACAUGCACGCCUAUAUGGACCCGGUCCUCCAUCCGGCGUCGCGGCUGGACCUCGACGACACCAAGCCUGGCAUACCUACCCUCGCGACCGUCGCUUUGGGUCCCGACGGCUGUGCGGGUUGCGGCGCGGCACCUCCGGGGACCCCGAUCUGGGGCAAAAGCUCGCCGCGGGAGUUUCCUCUCCUCUGGCCGCCUCCUUGGACAGGAAGCCUCGUUGACGCCGUCCGUCCUCCACCUCCACCUCCACCGUCGAGCCCGUCCUUGGCCCCUAACAGCACAAAUGACAGCGGUAGCAGCAGAAGCAGUGGUGUCGACAGUACCACGAAGCCGAUAGCACAGAGACUGGUCGCGUCGUGUACUUGGUGUCUGACGAAUCGGUACUGUGAGAGUUGUCAUCGGUGGUGGUGCAUAGAUUGCUUCAAUCCGGCGUCAUCAUCAUCAUCGUCAUCGAAUUCACAUUUACAAGUGUUGACGUCGACUGCUGCUACUACUUCUACUACUACAGGUACUACGACAGGAUCCACUGCAAGUAGUACUACUGUGACGGGUACCACUGGAGACCCUCUUGAUGAACCAGUGGAUCCAGGAGAGAGUGAUAUAAAGGUACGUGUGUAA